CCAUAUCGUUAACCUCAGUUACUUCAUCAUUCUUGUUUGCACUCGAUGCCCAGCCGCCGAAUGUCUGGAUGUUGUUCUUGUUGUUGAUCGGACUUUUUGUCGCCUUAGUUGCCACAUUUUAUGCUCGAAAACUUGAGGAAUUGGAUUCAAGAAAUAGAGAGAUAUUUGAUAUAAAACAGGCGAGCGACUCAAAUCAGGAGCCAUCAUCAGUGUUAUUUGUGACAAGUCACCCAGAUGAUGAAUGUAUGUUCUUCGGACCAACUUUGAAUUAUUUGGUCAAGAAGAAUUUAACUGUGCAUAUCUUGUGUCUUUCAACAGGUAAUUAUUACGGUCUCGGUGAGACGAGGAGAGUUGAACUCUUGAACAGUUGCCUCAAGCUUGGCAUCACUCCUUCACAAGUUCACCAACUGGAUCAAUUUCCAGACAAUUUGAAAGAUUUUUGGGCAGAAAAAGAGGUUGCCACAACGAUUGAUAAAUUUGUGAACUUGACAAAAGCAAAAGCAAUUUUUACCUUUGAUGAAGGUGGAGUUAGUUGUCAUCCAAAUCACAUUUCUGCUUGUAAAGGAGCUUUAGCUAUCAAAUCUUCAAUUCCUGUCUUCAAAUUAACCACUGUCAAUACUAUAAGGAAGUAUAUUCAAGUUCUGGACAUUUUACCUUCAUCCACCAAUGAGUACCUGAUCGUCUCUGGAAGCAGGGGUUAUAGGUCAACAUAUAAUGCAAUGCUCUGUCACAAGUCGCAACUUGCCUGGUUUAGAAGAUUGUACAUGAUAUUUUCAAGAUAUAUGUUUAUUAAUACUUGGACAAAAGUCGAGAGAUCGUAACACCCUCUAGUUAUGGGUCUGUGCAGAAAUAUUAGAAGAUCGUGGUGGAUGUUUCUUGUUACUGUUCUACUAUCGGUGAUAAUGUUUCUA